AUGGCGUCCAGUCUGACCUGUGCCGGUGUCGUCUGGGCUCUGCUCUCCUUCCUUUGUGCGGCAGCCUCCUGCGUGGGGUUUUUCAUGCCUUAUUGGCUUCUGGGCUCGCAGAUGGGGAAGCCGGUGUCAUUUGGUACGUUCCGACGAUGCUCUUACCCAAUCAGGGACGAGGCCCGGGGUGGCACGGUCAUGCUGGAGCAGUGUGGCCGUUAUGCCUCCUUCCAGGGCAUUCCCAGCCUUGAGUGGCGCAUCUGCACGGUCGUCACGGGAACAGGCUGCGGGCUGCUGCUGCUGGUGGCCCUCACCGCGCUCAUGGGCUGCUGUGUGUCAGACCUCAUCUCCCGCACCAUCGGACGGGUGGCCGGAGGCAUCCAGUUUGUUGGAGGCCUGCUGAUUGGCUCAGGUUGUGCUCUGUAUCCAUUGGGCUGGGACAGUGAAGAGGUCAAGCAAACCUGUAGCAACAGCUCCAAUCAGUUUGAGCUCGGUUCCUGUGAGAUUGGUUGGGCGUACUACUGCACUGGAGCAGGGGCCACAGUUGCCAUGCUGGUGUGUACCUGGCUGGCCUGCUUUGCUGGAAAAAAACAGAAGCAAUAUCCUUACUGA